AUGCCAUUUUGGUUAGCAUCAAAUUUACAGAAGAAACUCCUUUUAUACAUCUUACAAAAAAUAUCAUUAUUUUCCAAUGUUGAUUUGUCCAAUGUUGAUGUUUCAUUAGGCUCAAAUUCAAAAUUUGCAUUUCAUGAUGUUCGUUUAAAUUGUGAUGAUAUUGAUUUGCCAAAUAUAGAGGUAAAAGAAAGUACGAUACAGCAAUUAGAUCUUCAGUUAACAGUGUCGGGAGUUUUAAAUAUAAGUGGUGAAUCUGUUAUUAUAGUUGUUAAACCUAAAGUUGAUAAUGAAUCAAAUUCAAGUAAAGAAUUUUCAUUAGCUAAAAGUUUGCAUGACUUAACUGCUUCAAUGAUCCAAUUUCCCCAAUCAUUUGAUCUCGAUGAGAUAAAAAAUAUGAAAACUAAUCAAAAUGAAUAUGAUAAUGAUAUAAUUGGAAGUUCAAGUUCCAGUGGGAAUGAAAAUGAUAUUGAUAUUUAUAAUUCGUCUUCAGAUGAGAAAAAUGAAAAGGAAAGUGAAUCAACCGGAACAAUGAAAUCUAUGAAGAAUAAAAUUCUAAGUAGUGUACUGUCGAAGUUUAAAAUGGAACUGAAAGACGUGAUUUUAAAGGUAAUACUUCAAGACUCUGCUUAUAUCGAAAUAUCUAUCGAUAAAGUUUCAUUGGCAAAUAAACCGGAUGAUAUCAGAACACUAAUAAUAGAUCAAGUAAGGAUAGACCAUGUUAAAUCAAUAGUUGAAGAACAAGAAAUAUCAUUUAAUCGACGUAUGCCAAAUAAUUUGGAACAAAGUAAAUCAUUGUAUGAAUCCAAUUCUUUAUACAUGAGCGCAUUAGAUGAAAUUCAACAUAAUCCUGAAAUUGACCUUAAAGAAGAUAGACUAGAACUUUUAGUAGUUAAGCAUUCAAAUAUUACAUUGACAGGAUUAAGCACAAUUGAAAAUUUUAAUCUAAAAGAUUUAGAUAUUACAGUUGAUCAUAUUUUAUGUUCCUAUAAGAAUUUAUUAUGUAUUGAUGAAAUGUUUUUUGACGAUGUCAUGGGAACGUUAAAUUCAUUUAUAUCAAAUAGUAAUAAUUCCCCUAGAAGUUCAACUGCAUACAAAAGAUUCCAAAUUGAAAAUGAUUUAUAUGAAAAUGAUAGAAAGUUAAAAUUAUCCAUUAAUACAAUUAUAUUCUUAGUGGAUGAUCACAUUUCUGUUAGCUUAUCUAAUUUUAAUUUAGAUCAAUCUGAAAAAAAUGAAUUUAAGAUCAAUUUAGAAUUAAUGAAAUUAAAUGAUCUUACGACAGAUAGAUCAAUGGUAUUUUCGCCAUUUUUGGAGGCAUUUAUUAGUAAUUCUGUUCUAACUUUAAAUUUCUUAUCUGAUUUAGACUUUUAUUUUGAAAAGGAUUUUAUAAUAGGAUUAAUAUCUGUAUGUCAGAAAACAUCAAAAUUAAUGAACACGUAUAAUAGGAAAAAAAACGCCAAUAAAAGGCCAAGAGAACCUGGUCGUAACAAUAUCAAAUUUUCUAUUACUACGAAAAAUGUGUCAUUUAAGUUUAAAUUAGAUCAAUCAUAUAUACUUAUACGUUGUGACCCAAUUAUAUAUGAUUGGAAAACUGAUAAGUUAGCAAUUUCAAAAAUAGAAUUUCUAAAUGAUCUGAAUCUACAAAAAUUAGAACGUUUUAUUACUGUAGAUUCACUUAUUUUAAAAUUUUCAAACACUCCUAUACAAUGUUUAGCAUAUGAUGAACACUUUACGAAAUGUGCAUUAAUAACAAAGGUCUUACUAAACAUAAAAAAUAUCUGUUUCAGAUACCAAUACCAUAAAUUAUUGCAAUUGUAUGGGAGUAUUUUGGAAAUAAUUGAUGAAGCAACUCGUUUUGAGAAAAGCAAAAAAUUAUCUAAAAGAGGGUCUCAUCUACGGAAUACUGUGAGGAUCAUGAACUCUUCCAGUAUUAUAUUCAAGAAAAAAUUAAAUGCUAACACCAUCAUUUCUAUCGAUAAUAUUGAUGCUCAAUUUGAUCAUUUCUUAAAUGAAGAGUUUGGAAAAAUGGUACUUGGUCUAAAAAACAAUCUAAUUGCAUUGAAGGAGAAUUCUGAAGUGUACAUGCUCUCGAAAACAUUAUCAAUAGAUAGGUUACUAAAAGAGAGAAGAUACCCUAUUUUAUCAUGUCUAUUGAAUUCAAAUUCCCAGGAACCCACAUUAAUUUUUGAAAAAAAGGUAAGAAACAAACUUAAAAUUUACAUAAAAAAUGUUUGUUUACACUAUUAUGCAAGACUUUUGCCAAUUUUGACUAAAAUGGAUACAGAUUUAAAAAAAGAAAAUUCGGAUGCUGAUCACAAUAGUUUAUUCAUUGAUAUAAAGAUUAGUAAUACAGCGGUAGUCUUGCAUCCAUUCAGAAUAAAACCUGCAUUGAUUGUAAUCUUUGACUCAUUGUCUAUCAGCAGUGAUUUUUUGAAAUGUACGCAUAAAAUAUUUUUCAAACAUGGCUGCCUAUUAUUAAUCGAUGAUAUAGGAAAUAUGAAGGUCUCAUCGAAACAACCGUGGUCUUCCCUUUCUAAUUAUUAUUUACAAAGAGGUUUUUCCGCCAUUGGAAAAAUAACGAAUACUAAUGUGAACAUUAAAACAGACUGUAAUGGGGUAGAGGCUACGACUAAUGUAGAGUCAUUGGGCUUAUCUUUAUGUGCUGAUUCAUUUAAUACUCUAAUAUCACUUCUAAUUGAUUUGAAGAUACCGAUUACUUUUCCAGAUGAGGAUAAAUAUAAUAUAGAAGUUCCAGAAGAUGUUGAUGUUUUUGCGGAUGUGGAUAUGUCUUUUUUCGACCCAAUUCAUAUCAAGGAAACAGAAGAAUUAAUCAUUGGUGGCGAAUCUGUUCAUGUAGUGAACGAAUUUUUAGACGAUUUCCAUGAUGAGGUUGAAAUAUCUGAAAAAGUCGCAUCUCCUAAAAAAUUUUUUAAUGAUUAUAUUAGUUCACAUAGAAUUACACAGCCGCUGGAAUUGGAAGAAAGCUACAUAGAUCGUGUUGAUUUAGACACCACCCUUGAAUUUACUGAAAUGGAGUUUACUGCUUUUAACUUAGACAUAAAGAAAAUAUCAAUAAAACUUUUUGAUGGAUAUGACUGGAAAUACACACGCAAAUCGAUAUCAAAUACAAUUGACAUGGUGGGUAGAGAAAUAGAAGACUAUGAGGCAGACGAUGAUCAAAAUCAACCGCUACAUGCCACUAUAUUCGAUUCAAUAUAUAUAUCUACAACUAAAUCAGAUGUGUCCAAUUUAAAAAGUAGAGUUAACAAUGAAAUUCAAGGUGAAAGUAAUCCAACUGGAUUUAUUCCUAAAGUGAACUUGAAACCCUCAAAAUAUUUUAAGACAUUAAUCGAGUUAAAUAAUGUUAAUAUAAAUUUUACUGGAUAUCCAAAUCAAGAACUAGUUGAAUCCAGAAGUAAAGAUACUAGUACCAUAUUAAGCAAUAUAAAAGUAGUGGUUGAUACAUUUGAAGUGAUUGAUAAUAUGCCAACUUCAACUUGGAAGAAAUUUAUUACAUUAUACAGACAUGAUAAAUGGCCUACAGGUUUACCAAUGUUUGCAUCGGAAUUUUCAUUGGUCCAGCCAAUAAAUAGUUUACAAGCGACUGAGAUGAUUAUGGCCCUGAAUAUAUCUCCUUUAAGACUACAUAUUGAUCAAGAUACAUUAGACUUUCUAUUAAGAUUUUUUGAAUUUCGUGAUGUGAGAUUUGAACUAAUCGAUGAUUUUCCAGAAGUACUUUUUAUUCAAAAGUUCACAAUGAAUUCAGUAAAAAUUCUAUUAGAUUAUAAACCUAAAAAGAUAAAUUAUUCAGGGCUAAGAUCAGGACACUCAAGCGAAUUUGUAAAUUUUUUUAUACUGGAUGGAGCUAAGCUAACCUUAAAAAAUUUGAAGCUUUACGGAAUAAAUGGAUUUGAAGAUUUAAGCGACAGUUUAAAAAAUGUCUGGACACCCGAUAUCAUAUCUAGUCAAUUGGGGGGAAUAAUCGGAGGUGUCAGUCCUUUGAAAUCAGCGAUUACGAUUGGUACCAGUGUUAAAAAAUUGGUGUCAGUUCCAAUUACUGAUUACAAACAGGAUGGUAAAUUAAGUAGAAGCAUUCCAAAGGCUGUAAACAUUUUUUUGAAAACAGCAAGUGGCGAUUUUGUUAGACUAGGUGCAAAAAUGGCAUCUGGUACGCAAGCAAUGUUAGAGAAUACGGAAGAAUUUUUUGGUGGUACAGGUUCUGCUGGCAGAACAUUUGCCAUACCAGAGAAAUUUCUUGAUAUAAACAAUUUAGUAGAGGAAGAUCAAUUGGUUGGUGGUAGUAAUCCCAAAGUAAAAAACCAUAGACCAGUUGCAGUUGUAAUUGAUGCUUCAAAGAUGGAACUCGGUCAACCGAAAAUAGUCAGUUUAUAUGCUGAUCAACCUUUAGACGUGCGUGAAGGGUUAGAAGAAGCAUAUCAUUCCUUAGAGAGACACCUCUUCAUUGCUUACAAUUCAAUCAAAAAUAGAAGUACAAACAUGGACGUCCUAGAAAGUCCAACGAUGACCGUAUUAUCGAUGGCAAAAGCAGCUCCUAUUGCAAUCAUUAGACCAUUAAUUGGUGCCACUGAAGCAUUAUCCAAGGCAUUGCAAGGUAUUUCAAACCAAUUAGAUAAAAAUCAAAUCGAAAAUAAUAAGGAUAAAUAUAAAUCAACUACAAUAAUUGAUAGAAAAUUAGUAGAAUAA